AGACGCAUCAUCACGCCUCUCGAACCUCUGAGGGGGCCCAAAUCGCCGGCCAUCCAGACUUGUAAGACGGAAGGGGGAGAAUAGCAGCACAGCACACUCGUCUGUCUGCCUCGAGAGCAUAUACCCCCUCCUCCGCACACACGCACACGCCAUCCAUUCCCCCUCCCGUGCUCGUGCUUCAAGACAAAAGGGCGAGGCGACUUCUUCAAAAGGGCGCGCGGGGGCCAAAAACAAUCAGGGGCAAGAGAGAAAAGCCGGGCUGGGGCUGGGGGCGGACAUCAUGUCGGCUCUCUUCAACUUUCAGAGCUUGUUGCUCGUCAUCGUGCUCAUGAUAUGCACGUGCACAUACGUUCGAGCGACGGCCCCUGGAUUGAUAGAUAGGAACAAGGAAGGCUUUUUCGGCUUGUUCUUCAAAGCAGCCAGGAUAGGCGAAAGGUUGAGCCCUUAUGUAUCGUUGGCAUGCAUCAUCAUGGCCUUGUACUUGGUCGUCUAGGAUUGCUAGGUCUGCAUCGGCGCACAGCCGAAUGGGGCAAGUGGGGAGCAUGAUGUAGAAGGGCGCAAAGUACUCGACACUUGCCUCCCGCCAGAGCGUCAGCUCCACCCGCUUACCUGCUCGCGAGCUGCAAGACUGCGCUGAGAUGCGCGACUCGGUCAUGCAGCAAGUCGAGGUUGGGGCCUAGAAUCGGAAAGGGCGGGGAGGAGGUUGUAGAGUACGGGGCUAUGGCGCAUGUACACCACAGCAGAACCCAGUCGAGAAUGGCAGAAUGUGAACUUGAGAAGCUCAUGCUCCUCGCGUGCUCGGCAGAGCUAAGCCAUAGCCUCGACGACUCUCUUCAAGCGAUCAUCAGACACCGGCAAGGCUCAUCUCGAUAUCAAAGUGCAAGUUCGUGCCAGAACCACGUGAGAGUAUGCAAUUGCGCGACGAAGGAAAA